AUGCGCGCCCCCGCGGCUCAUACACUUGACGACCGUCGCUGGAGACGCGCGACUGAAGAAGUGAAGGUGGAGGACAGGCGCGCACUGUCACUUACCUCCAUCCAGGCACCCGACCGCAGCGCCCGAACCCUCACCCACACCCGGCCUCUCCAAAGCCUCAUAGCGCGGUGGGGGGGACCACGUUCAAGCCGGGGAUGUCUUCUGGCAGCACCACGUAACGCGCUGCUGACAGGACCCUGCACCACCGAGCCUGUUUCACGCGCGCUUCCAGCAGCGAAUUCGUGCGUAAUUUCUGCUCUCUCCACUUUUACGCACGAAGGUAGAAGGAUGCGCGGGCUGUGUGCGGUCCUUGUGGGGGCCGCGGUGGUCUCGCUGUGGCUGCUGGAGGUGAGUGCUGAGCUGGAGUCAGAGGAGAAGGACUCACGCAGACUUCCACCCCCAGAAAAGUUGGAUUUCGGAUACGUUCCCGCGGGAGUCUACGAGACGCUGGCCCACUACGAACCUGGGCCGAUCGGGAUUCUGUUCCAGCUGGUGCACACCUUUCUCCAUGUGGUGCAGCCGAACCCCUUUCCUCACGAUCUUGCCGUGACGUUGGCCAAGGAAAGGUUUGUAGCUUUACAGAAGGAAUACAGUCAGCCACAGAGCAUAGUGCUGACCCUUCAGGUGCUGUACUAUGAGAUCGGCUUUGUGGUGUGUGCCGCCCUGGGCCUAGCCUUCACUGUGCUCGUCCCUCUGGUGGGGCUCCUCUUCUGUCUGUGCCGCUGCUGUGAUAACUGUGGAGGAGAGAUGCACCAGAGGCAGAGGAAGAAUGCAGACUGCAGGAGGGGUCUGCUCGGGACGCUGCUCUUCUUCACCUCCCUGGUGAUGACGAUCGGAGUGUUGUGUUCCUACGCCUCCAACCAGACGCUGAGUUCCCAGGUGAAGAACGUGCGCAGACUGGUCAACACCAACAUGAGGGACCUGCACACUUUCGCCAACGACACACCGAUGCAAAUCGAUUACCUAAUUUCCCAGUACGCCACUGCCAAGAACAAAGUGCUGUACGACCUGGAUAACAUUGGUCCCCUCCUCGGCGGAAGGAUACACGGGACGCUGGAUAAGGAGGUGCACCCGACUCUGAACCGCGUGCUCAACAUGGCCGGAGAGAGAAUCCAGAGAGCCCUGAAAGCCAUGCGCGAGACCAAGGAGGCCUUGGAGAAUGUUAGUGGCUCCCUUGUGAUCCUCAAAGACGGGACCGGAAAAUUGGACUUCAACCUGAGCCUGGUGCGCGUCAGCAUCAACCGCACGCUGAACGACCCGGGUUGCCACGACGAAGAGUCCGAUGCCACCACGGCCCAACUGUGCCACAACAUCCGCCAGUCCUUGUCCCAGCUGCAGAUCAGCGCCAACUUCACCGGGUUAUCCGAUGUGAGACCGCAGUUGGAGAAGGUGAAAGAGGUGUUGAAAACGGACCUCAGUGAAGUAGUCCAAAGAGGCUACUCCUCCUUAAACGAUACGCCCCAUUUGGUGAUCGAGCAGACCAGGAGUGUUGUGGAAAGUGUCCGGACGUUGGUGAACGAAAUAGGCAAAAACAUCACCAGGUUUUCUAAAGAGUUCCCAGUGCAGAGCUGCCUUUCCAACUUCACCAUCUUCAUCAGCCACGCACAUGCCAAGAUCGAGGACUACUACCCCGAGAUUGACCAGAUGGACUUUUACAGGUGGGCUGCAUGUAUCGGCCUCUGCUGUAUGGUGGUCCUGGUGCUGGCCUUUAACUACCUGGGUCUGCUGUGUGGAACUCUGGGAUACGACAAGCACGCCUCCCCCACCACAAGAGGCUGCAUCUCCAACACCGGGGGCACCAUGCUUAUGGCCGGUGUGGGCUUCAGCUUCAUCUUCUCCUGGGUUCUGAUGGGAGUCGUCACCAUCAUAUUUGUGAGUGGAGGAAAUGUGGAGAAACUGCUGUGUGAAGCCUUUCACACCAAAGAGCUCUUCAAGGUAGUAGACACGCCAUACCUCAUCAACCCUGAGUGGAAAAACUUCAUCCCCGGAUACAUGUACAACGACUCGGAGCUGAACCUGACGGUGGAGAGCUUUUACAGCACGUGUAAGGAGAAUAAGGGGAUCUACUCGGCUCUGCGCCUGGACAAAGUUUUCAACAUCACAUCUUUUCUCAACACGUCAGAGUUCACAAAGGAGCUGGUGGAGGAGCUGGAGUCUGUGAGGAUUGACCUGAGAAGCAUCACGCUGCUGGAGGCCGAAGGGAAACGGAACCUUUUGGACUUCUCUGAGGCCGGCCUGUCGGAGAUAAACCACGCUGAAUACCUGGAGGAGGUCAACAAAGGAGUCACUGCUGUGGAUCUGCUGUCAUACGCACGAGAGCUGGAGGCCCAGUCAGACCUGAUGCCACGUAGCCCUCUGCAGAGCGCUCUGAAAGGCCACAUCGGAACACUGCGGCAGAUCCACACUCAGCAGAUCAUGCCCAUGGAGCAGGCUUUGAAAUAUGUUAGAGCACGGAGUGCCUUGAAUCAGAGCAUGCGGUACCUGGAGAGGACCACCUCAGACCUGCCCAACAAAGUCUUAGCCGUUCUGGAAGCCAUUGACGCCGCGCAAUUUCUGAUCUCGCAAAAUGCUUCCAACUUGAUCCGCCAGGAAACUAGAAAGUACACGGCGACCCUUGUGGGCUACUUUGGUCAAUACAUCGAGUGGGUGAAGAUGUCCCUCAUGGAAGAAGUUGCCCAGUGCAAGCCCUUCAGCAACAUAAUGGACACGGCCGAAAUUCUGACCUGCAGUUUCCUGGCUGACUCCAUGAAUGCGUUCUGGAUGGGCCUGGGCUGCGGCACUCUGCUCCUCAUCCCCAGUAUGGUGCUGGCGGUGAAGCUGGCCAAGUUCUACCGCCGCAUGGACACGGAGGACGUGUACGACGACAUUGAAACUAUUCCUAUGAAAACUAUGGAAAUUGGUUUCCUCGGGCCUCUGCUCCCCCGAGGCAUAUCGACUGGUGACUGCUUCCCCGGACAGGGCCCCGGAGAACUGGCACUAAACACCUCACUGCCGCGCUUCCUACAUGUGAAGAGUAAAAUACUGCUGAUGACAUGGACUUUACCCCCAAACGAAGCCACAACAGCUGCACAUCAUCCACUGUUCAUCUGA